GUAAAAUUCCAAAGAAUACUCUAAGACAGAGCAGACGAGCUAGGAUUAGCGGUAUCUCCGACAUGGAGAACAAUGAAGUUCUUAGUUUGCGCAAGGAAUUGCUAGAAUUCAAAGCAAUGGUUAAAGCAAGGGACAAAACGAUAUUGGAGGAACUAAAAAUGCUCCGCGGUCAUCAUGGUGAUGGUCGAUUUGAUAAUGAAGAUGGUGGUGGUGCAAGUGCUGUAUGGCUGCCUGUAGAAACUGAUUUCUGUCUACAGAAUCUUGUCAUAUUCCGUCGCAAAUGUUUUACGUGUUAUAAUGGAAAUUGCAAAUGCGGUUGCAAACCCACUGCGAUGAUUUCCAUCCGUCGCAAAAGGUGGGAGAAGGAGGCUAGGGACGUCCAAGGGGCGGACGACCAGGCCAUGAUUGUUAUGCUCCAAGCGGCACUUCCUCAAGGGGAUGUGCGCAAGGAGCUGCGACGAAAUCCGCUCUCGACCUACCAAGAGAUGCUAGCCAGGGCAAAGUAUCUGGCACUGGAAGAAGAAGAUGACGAGCCACCUGUACGGAAGGAGAAGAAGAGCGGGCAGCCAAAGGGAAGAAAGAGGAAAGAUUUUGUGGUGAUAAAGGUGGAGAUCAAUAAUGUGUUCGUCCACCGCACGUUGGUCGUUAGUGGGAGCUCGGUCAACAUCAUGUACAACAACACAUUUAAGGAGCUAGGAUUGUCCCAGGGCAAUCUGAAGCCAAUCCGUACCCCGCUGUUAGGAUUUACGGGGGAUACUAUUGAAGUAGAAAGGACCAUCACGGUGAAGGCUGGGGUAGGAGAUGGCACCCACCGACUCUGGCUCGACAUGGAAUGUAUGGUGGGAGUGGCUAGAGGAAACCAAAGUUUGUCCCGGUCGUGCUAUGUUAGAGAGACCCAGAGCCAGGCACAGGUCGAUGAGAACAUGAGCACGAUAUAUGCUGCAAUUCAAAAGGAAGAAGGGCAACCCCAAGCUGAACCGGUGGAAGAAGUUGAAGAAGUUAUCCUGGACCCGACCAAGCAAGAACAGAAGGUGAAGAGUCCUUCUACUCCCGAGCAGAAAGAACUCAUGAUGAAGGUUCCAUACGCCUCUGCGAUUGGAUCCAUCAUGUACGCCAUGAUAUGUACUAGACGUGAUGUCUCAUUUGCUUUAACCGUGACCAGCAGAUACAGCAGAUACCAGGGAAGUCUAGGAGAAGCACAUUGGAAGUACAGCGGUCAAGGAAAGGAUCAACUUUUAAUGACCACCAACGGUCAUGCCUUCCCAUCGAUGAACUCCCCAUCGCUGUUUGGCAUGGUUCCGGAAACUGGUUUGGCUGAGGGGCCGCUUACCCAUCGAUGGGAAGAUCUUCCCAACGCUGGCUGGGUGGUUAGUCAAGAACCCAUGGUUUUUGCCUUAACCACGGCCUAGCCAACCGAUGCGAAACCCGACCGAAAAAUUCAAAGUUCUCCAAAAUAAAAAACCAAAUGUUUAAAACACUUAUUUGAUGUAUUUGGCUAAGAAAUCAAGUAAGACACUUUAAAAACCACGUCAUUUGAGUGAAAACCACGGCUAGCCAAGUUUAUGCCGUUUUGAAUGAUUUUUGUCAAACGACCAAAAGCGAAAGAUGGUUUUCAAAG